AUGCGCUGCUCCCGGCUCCCCGGCAGCACCGCGCCCUGCUCCAGGCACACGCACCGCGCAGCCGGCUCGCGGCGGCACCCAGCCCACCCUCAGAGCAGGAAGGUGGGCUUUGCCAACCCCGCGUGCCGCCCCUGCACCAAAAACAUCGGGCUCAGAGAUGCCCUCGCCCCCCGUGUGUGUGCCUCGCAGCUGCCCGUGGUGUCGGUGGUGCGGGACGCGGAGGCGCAGCUACUGCCCGGCGUGGGGGCUGUGGUGACCUGCAAGGUGUGCAGCAUCAAUUCCCGGUUUGCCAAAGUGAACAUUCUGUAUGUUGGCUCCACGCCACUGAAAUCCACCUUCCGUGGCACUAUACGGAAGGAAGACAUUCGAGCCACUGAGAAGGAUAAGGUAGAAGUCUACAAGAGUUUUCGCCCUGGUGACAUAGUUCUAGCCAAAGUUAUCUCACUGGGGGAUGCACAGUCCAACUACUUGCUGAGCACAGCAGAGAAUGAGCUGGGCGUGGUAGUGGCACGCAGUGAGGCAGGGGUGCAGAUGGUGCCUAUCAGCUGGUGUGAGAUGCAGUGCCCACAGACACACACCAAGGACUUCCGUAAGGUGGCCCGUGUGCAGCCGCAGUUCCUGCAGACCUAGCAGCCCCCUCAGGGGCAUGGGGGCCCCAGGAGGGAAGGCUGCUGUGCUGCGGUCCAGCAGCUUCCAUGCAGCUCCACACUUGAGAGACUGGAACAGCAGGAUGGAUUUUGUAUUUGUGCUGUAGGUAAUAAAUGUUCUUUUCUUUUUUGAGA